AUGCGCGAGCAGUGCACAGGCGGCCCGUACACCAAGUUCUUCUAUCCUCUCAAAACCAAACCAACUAAUACUCGAAAUAUGCCACCGCGCUCAUCGUCGCGCGUCGUAUCCAAACCCGCAUCGGGUUCGGCGUCCAAGCCUUCAUCGAAGAAGGCUACAUCCAAGCCCGCCACCAAACCCAAGUCGUCGUCCAAGGACAUGGACAAGGACGACAACAAGGAGCCAGCAAAGCUCCCCGCAACCAAGGCCAAGACUGCCCCCAAAGCCAAGGCUGCACCCAAGGCCAAGUCAGCAUCCAAGGAAAAGUCUCCGGCCAAGGUCGAGGAAAAGCCAGCCCCGGCCCCCAAGGCCAACGGCACCAAGAAGAGGGGUGCCUCUGAGCAGCCCAAGGAGGCCGUUAAGAAGCGCCGCAUCGGGGCCGUCAUCAACCAGAUUGCCCAGCCCGUGGACCAGGGCCUCAGUGUCUUUGUGUGGGGCACUGGCGACAACGGCCAGUUUGGCACCGGCCCGGACGAGCUCGAUGAGAAACCCCGGCCUCAGCUCAACAAGUGGUUUGAGGAGCAGCGUAAGGAGGGAAACCUUGGCUCGGGGCCUGACAAGGGUGGCAUGGAGGCGAUCGCCGCUGGGGGUAUGCACUCCCUUGGUAUCGAUGGGCGUGGCCAGGUCCGCUCAUGGGGCAUCAACGACGGUGCCAUGCUUGGCCGCCUGACGACCAACAUCCCAGACCCGUCCAAUGACGGAGAGACAAUUCCUUUUGAAAACCUUGAGACCCAGCCCCUCGUCAUUGAGGCGCUCAAGGACGCCGGAUUCCGCGCCGUCAAAGUUGCCUGUGGUGACGGUGUUUCUAUCGCGAUCAACGACGCUGGUGAUCUCCGCGCCUGGGGCUCUUUCCGCUCCAACGAGGGUCCUUUGGGCUUUGACGGCGUCCCCGGCCACGACAAGAAGCAGUUCAACCCUAUGGAGCUGCCCGCGCUUCGUGCCGUCGAAUUCGCCGACGCCGCCUGCGGCUCGGACCACGUUCUUGGUCUCACCACUGACGGCUGUGUCUAUGUGUGGGGCAAUUCCCAGCAGGGCCAGCUUGGACGCCGCGUAAUGGCCCGCCGCCCACUCAACGCCCUCGAGCCGGAGCGCCUGGGCUUGCGUAAAAUUGUGACUGUCGGAGCUGGCAGUUACACCUCGUUUGCUGUUGACCAGGCCGGUAAGGUCUACGCAUGGGGCCUCAACACGUUCAAGCAGUGCGGCAUUAGUGGACGUGAGGGCGAGGAGGAGAUGAUUCUCAGCCCUACCGAGGUCAAGAGCCUCGCACCAAAGGCGCAUGGCGGCGCACGGGUCGUCCAGAUCUCGGGCGGCGAGCACCACACGCUCUUCCUCUUCUCUGACGGCUCUGUGUGGGGUUGUGGCCGCGCAGACGGCUACGAGCUGGGCAUCUGCGACGACCACCCAGCUCAGGAGGGCCUCAAGGAGCGCAAGGAGGAGAUUCGUGCCGAGAAGCAGAAGAUUGUAGACGAGCGCAAGGCGAAGAAUGACAAGGUCAAGAACGACCCUUCGGCUACCCAGGAGGAGAAGGAGGAGGCCGAGAAUGAGCUCGCGACGGCCGAGGCCUCGCUCCGUGUCAAGUCGAACGAGUACGUCCCGGAGCCAAUUCGUAUCUGCUUCCCGGAAAGCCCCGCAAAGUACGGCGACGUGCCCGAACUGGAUGAGUACACCGAGGACAUUGUCAACCCUAUCACCUCGAUCUCGUGCGGCCCGCGCUACAACGUCGCGGUCUCGCGCUCCGGGUGGGCAUACACCUGGGGCCUUGGCCAGGGGUGUGAGCUUGGGUUGGGCGGCGACACGGAUGAGGCCGAGACGCCGACCCUCUGCCGCUCCAAGCAGUUGCAGCCAUACGACGCCGUCUCGGCCAGCGCAGGCGGCCAACACUGCGUUCUCCUCGCCAAGAAGCGUGAGGAGGACUAG